AUGGAAAAUGUUUCUAUCGUUAGAAAUUUCAUUCUGGUCGGUUUCAACGAGUCAUUUAGUUACAGAAUAACGCUCUUCUCAUUCACUUUACUGUAUUACUGUAUGAUUCUGUUUUUCAACAUCUCUAUCAUCGCCAUCAUUAUCUUAGAUGAAGACCUGCAUGAGCCGAUGUACAUCUUGUUGUGCAGUUUUUGUGUUAAUGGACUUUACGGGACCACAGGUUUCUAUCCUAAAUUUCUUUUCGAUCUGCUGUCGCCUGCUCCUGAAAUCUCCUAUGCAGGAUGUCUCCUCCAGGCUUUUGUCAUGUACUCGUUUGCCUGCUGUGAGUUGUCCAAUCUGGCAGUUAUGGCCUAUGACAGGUACCUGGCUAUAUGUCGACCGCUGCACUAUCACUCUGUGAUGUCCAAGAGGAGGCUCUCUCAGCUGGUGUGUUUCUCCUGGCUCACACCUUUCUGUGUUUUCUCCAUCAAUGUCGGGCUAACGUCCAGACUGAAGCUGUGUGGCGCAAACUUACAGAAACUCUUUUGUGUGAACUGGGUCAUCGUUAAACUCACCUGCUCUGAUGCCGACACGUUUUCAAACCAGGCAGUUUCAUAUAUUAUAAUUUUAUUCUAUUUCUUUCAUGUGGUUUUCGUCAUUUGGACGUACAUGCAUAUUAUUAGAACUUGUGUGAGGUCCAAGGACGACAGUAGAAAGUUCUGCUGUGACUGA